AUUAUUUUCAGUUUUACAGAAUUUUUGGAUCCAUUCCAGCGGGUUAUCCAGCCAGAAGAGAUCUGGCUGUAUAAAAAUCCUUUGGUGCAAUCAGACAACAUACCUACGCGUCUUAUGUUUGCAAUUUCGUUCCUUACGCCACUAGCAGUCAUUUUUGUGGUGAAAAUAAUCCGGCGAACAGACAAGACUGAAAUUAAAGAGGCUUUCUUAGCUGUUUCCUUGGCUCUAGCUCUGAAUGGCGUCUGCACAAAUACUAUUAAAUUAAUAGUGGGAAGACCGCGUCCCGAUUUCUUUUACCGCUGCUUUCCAGAUGGAGUAAUGAACUCUGAAAUGCACUGCACAGGUGAUCCAGAUCUGGUGUCUGAAGGCAGAAAAAGCUUUCCGAGUAUCCACUCUUCCUUUGCAUUUUCAGGCCUUGGCUUUACCACCUUCUACUUAGCUGGAAAGUUGCACUGCUUCACAGAGAAUGGCCGGGGGAAGAGCUGGCGGCUUUGUGCAGCAAUUCUCCCACUCUACUGUGCCAUGAUGAUUGCCCUGUCACGUAUGUGUGAUUACAAACAUCACUGGCAAGAUGCUUUCGUUGGAGGGAUCAUUGGCCUCAUUUUUGCUUAUAUUUGCUACAGACAACACUACCCUCCUUUGGGUAAUACAGCUUGUCAUAAAUCUUACGUCAGCCUGCUAGAUCAGAACUCUGUGAAGAAAGAAGAGAGACCUACAGCAGAUAAUGCUACUGGCCUGCCUCUAGAGGGAAUAACUGAAGGUCCUGUAUGA